UCACUCAUUGAUGGUGACAAUACUUUAGUGAUGAUCGCCUAGCCAACCACAACAACAAGGCCUGCUGCAGACUAUUUAAGAAUCUGCAUCACGCAGCUUUAGCUUAGUCAGGGACAGCUGGCAUUAGCCAAGCCCGUGCUGGGGACCUCAGUGCGUGGUUUUCAUUUUGGACUUUUUGGAAGACGGUUAAAGCGCUUAUGUCGAAUGAGGCAACAUGGGACAGCCUUUUCCUACUGGCAGCGGUAUAAAAGUAGCGGGCCUGCGCCGUGGAUUAGAUCUGUGCAAACGCAACUCUCAGCCGCGACACUGAGCCAGGUGGUGCAGAUGUGCUUGAGAUCGUUGCUUGCCACGCUUCGCACAUGCGCGAUUCUCUCCACUGCAGUGUUCUGUAUCUCGCUCACAAACACUGGCAUGGUCCACAUCCUCAUAUCUGGGAUUCGCAACAGAGGUCAUGCUUAGAGACGCGUUCAUGUCACGGUGGUCGGACGGCUAUCAUUUAUAGCACACUUGAUAAGUGAACUUGACAGACCGAUUAUGAUGACUUAAUAGCGCGCUGUCUGCAGAAGUCGUCUCGAUUUUACUGCGCUGUGUGUCUCCUCGCUGCUACUACAGGAAGGGAAGCUGCGAGCUUGUCAACAACAAGCAUGACUUCGAUGUCUAGUCAACGGCAAACGGUCGCUGCGACUAUCCCCGUUACGAGCGACCGUGCAGACACGGGGUAUUCAAUAACAGACAACUUUCGGCGCUUGCUGAGUCACAUACAGUUUGAAAACCUUGCAGCAGGGCUUUGUGGAGGCGUCAUAUCAACAAUGGUGCUGCACCCGUUAGAUCUGGUGAAGAUCAGGUUUGCAGUGAGUGACGGAGUGCAGAUCCGUCCCCAGUACGAGGGGGUGGUCCACUGCAUGCGCUCCAUCUGGCAGGUGGAGGGCCUGCGGGGCCUCUACCAGGGGGUCACCCCCAACAUCUGGGGUGCCGGCGCUUCCUGGGGACUCUACUUCCUCUUCUAUAACGCCAUCAAGGCCUACACACAAGAAGGCCGGCAAGCAGAGCUGAGUGCAGCAGAGCACCUGGUUUCAGCUGCAGAGGCUGGCGUGCUGACCCUCUGCCUGACCAAUCCCGUGUGGGUGACCAAGACCAGGCUGGUGCUGCAGUACAGCGCUGACCCGGAUAGGAAGCAGUACAAGGGGAUGCUGGACGCUCUCGCGAAGAUAUACCAACAUGAGGGCCUCCCUGGACUAUACAGGGGCUUUCUCCCUGGACUGGUGGGGACUUCCCAUGCUGCUUUGCAGUUCAUGACCUACGAGGGCCUAAAGAGAGAUUACAACAAGUACAAGAACAUGCCCUCCGAAGCCCUGCUGACUCCAUGGGAGUACAUCGCCAUGGCAGCCAUCUCCAAGUUCUUUGCCGUGGCAACCACGUAUCCUUACCAGGUGGUGCGCGCGAGGCUGCAAGACCAACACAAUACCUACAAUGGCCUGAACGAUUGUAUCUGUAGGACCUGGAGUAAUGAGGGAGCGGCAGGGUUCUAUAAAGGCAUGGUUCCCAACCUGGUCAGAGUCAUCCCUGCCUGUUGCAUCACCUUCCUGGUCUACGAGAAUGUCUCCAGGCUGCUGCUAGGACAGUACAAGUGACACAGUCAUGCACACAAGUGGAUCCACACACACACAUAUAUAUACACAGGUGGAUCCACACACGCACACAUGCGCACGCACACUAUAACCAACCUCAAAGACCUGGACCAAUGAAUGACCUGGGCUGUCAGCCCUGCACUCUGAAUACUGCCAAGUUGAGUUUCUCUCCACCAGAGGGCACCACAAUCCAGCGAGCCAUGGCUGAGACUGCGUGUGUGUUAGUGUGUGUGUGUGUGUGUGUGUGUGUGUGAGGAAGUGUGUUGUGAGAGAUGGCUCUCUAACUCUGGUGCCGAUGGCCACAGCGGAGGUCUCAGACACACAGGAGCCCAGACAGCUGACGCUACGGCUUAAGGAUACACCCUCUCUCACACACACGUGCUCGCACGCACACAUACUCAAACACACACGCUCACUCACAUACACACACACA